GACGGCAUUCAAGAGUGUGUAUGUGUAUGUGUGCGUUUUUCAAAUAGCGUAAAAAAUCAAAGGAUAUUUGAUAGCCUCUUUUGACCGCUUGCAAGAAAAGGCACGAUGAAUUCUCUAUGCAUAAUCGGAAUUACUUGUUUAUCCGUAUGCCUCUCAGGGGUGUCUUCGGAAUGUAACUUGACAGAGGUGAACAAGUGCUUUCAAGGGUAUGGUAUGAUGGACACGAGUUCAACGCCAGAUCCGCAGACCGUGUGCAAAUCGGUUAGAGAGUUGACAAGCUGUAUUGAGCCGCACAAAAGUGCUUGCGCAGCAAAUCCAACGUUUCAGACAAUGAUGAGCGGUAUGGCCGAGAGUACUGGGUUUUGUGGGGGUGAUCCCAGCUGCAAUGUAAUGAAAUGCUUCACCGAUGCUGGAUAUACUAUGGACAGUAGUGGAAGUGGUUCACCUAAUAUGAGCUGUGAGGUUUAUUUGGCUGUGAAGCCCUGUUUAGACAGCCAAGGCAAAAUGUGUGAGGGAAACACACUUUACUCUAAGAUUCAAGGUUUCCUCCAGCCUGUGGAAAAAUUGUGCGGCUCUCCAGGUUGUAACAUUGAUGAGUGCAAUAUUGACUUUUCUUUUCCGAAUGGCUUUCCAAGUAAAUCAAAAUACAACAUGGGAUGCACUGCUAUGAAGGCUGCAAUUCCGUGUUUGGAAACUAAAUCAAAAUGUCCAAAUCUUAAAGCAUUGGCAAGUUUGACAAAAGGAUACAGAAGCUUUUGUGAGGACACCAAUCUGAAGAAAGGAUUAGAAACCCACAUGAUGUGUCUCAAGAAUGCAACUGUUAAUGCCAAGUGUAACAAGUAUUUAUCUCCAUCUAUGAGUGAUUCCAACAUGGACAAGGAAACAGAGAAGGAAGAGUGUCAGAGAAUAGAAGAUUAUGCUAUGUGUGCUAAGAAGGCGGUAUCUGUAUGUGAUAACGAAGAAGCGAUGAACUUUGCUGCAGAAACUGCUAGAAAGGUUUUAUUCCUAAAAUCAAGUCGUGAAGGUGGAAUCGUAUGUGCUACUGGUGGUGGAAUCUCAGCUGCCCCAGUCCUCUGGGUUCUAUUCCCAGCUGCCAUGGUGGCUUUAGCGGCCAUUUUCCCAUAAAUCAACAAAAUACCUACCACUUGUAUCGUGGACAUCAGUCAUUCCAGGUGUGAAUUAUUGGUAACAACAGAAUGAAGGUCAAGGUCAAAAUUAUCUAGUAUUCUGCGCCUCCAAUCGCUAUGUGAUUUUAUCCGGAAAUACUUGUAUUAUGAAGCAUUUGGGAAGAUAGAAGUACAUUGUAUGUUUAAGAAUUUGUUCAAGUCAAUUGGAGACGAUGUAUUUCGUUAAUUUUGUUUAAAAAGUUUAUGGUGAUAAAUGGGUUUACAGUUCGUAACAAUGAAUUUGAUUUGAAACAUAAUUUGAUACGAUGACUUGAGAAUGUUUUUUUGCAAUAAAGAUGUCCUUUUAAAUAAAAGGUGUUGAUAUAAGAUUUAAAGAUUGAAGUCAUGGAUAAAAAAUUGGUUCAUUAUAAAGACAUUAGGAUCAGUAGGAUUAGUAUCUGAAUAAAACAUGUAAUGUUUGUGUUUGUGUCAUAUGCAUUGUCAGUGCUUUUAUAGUAACGUACAUUUUAAUCGAAAGGUCUGUGCAUGUAAGGAAGUUUGAAAUUUUCAAUAGCCAAUCUGUUAAAACAACUUUUCAUGAUUUAGAAGAAUCAUUUUAGAACGAAUAGAAUAUCUUCAUGGCCAUUAUUUCUAUUUGUGUAUUUAGAUGAUUUGCAUUUUAUCAAAUUCCACUUCAAAAAUAUAUAUUUUAAAAAAUUAUUUGAUAUUGACAUUUUGACAUUGUCAUCUUUUCAAUCCGAACAUGGCCAAGAUCUUUAGUUUUGUGAGAUAAAGUGCACUUGUUUUGAGCAGCUGUGUGCCAUAAUACUGAAUACAGCACGAAUUUGAUAAUUGUUAGGUAGAAGAGACUUCGCUAAAUGCUUAAAUUUGAUUCAGGUAAAUGUUGUGUUUUACUUACCAACUGGUCUACAGAUGUACUCAUCAUUGUAUUUAGCAGUGUAUACUGCUGUAUUUAAGCUAUAUGUAUGUAUUCAUCAGCUACUCAACAGUGUAUGUUGAUAUAUGUUGAUAUAUAUGAGCUGUAUGUGCUUAUAUUUUAUAUUAAGAUUGAAAACUACUUGUCUUCCGUCUAGGAAAUAAAAAUAUGAAGAUUAAAGGUAGCAGGUAUGUUUAUAUAGAUGUCUAAUCAUGUGGAUGAAGGGAUGAAAACUAGAUACUGUUAGUUUGUUUUUAAUUUUAUGAACAAAAUUAGUGCUACAGGUAAAAAAAUAUAGUUCGAAAAAAUUUAAAUAUGCAAACUUUUAUAUUUUAGUUUUUUAUUGUAUAAACUAUAAAAAACGUUGUAAAAGCUUAGUAGUAAUUAGUCUUGUUUUAAGCGUGUUUUUGGUCAGUUUUAUCCUCUUUUUUUUGAUGUAUUUUAUAGAAUAAAAUGUGAUGUUGUAAAAUAAAACGUUAUCUUCACGUG